UAAAAGUCGACGCGCUGCGGAGCGCACGUUUCGCUCCGUUACGAUUUAAUUAAAUCCCAUUUCCAACAUAGUGAUGAGUGCUUACUGUGAUCACAUUGAAAUUGUGCUAAACAUUUCAGUUGCUGUUGUAGCAAAAAGUUGAUAUUCGUUUGUGCGCUCAAUCACGUUACCGUUGCGUUUCGCUCCGGCGAUUUGGCUAAUAAGGUUUUAAGCUUCCAUGAUAUGGAUGAGAUCUUAUUUGAAAUAAGUGUUUAGACUUUAGUGUUGUUUAAAAGUAUAAUGACAUUUUGACAAAAUGGAGAGAAAGUUAACUCGCGAGGAUUUUAUGCGCAAAAGUUUCCGCGCCCCGAGAGUGUCGCCGGCGCCGCAAAGUCCUAACCCAAACCUAAAUGGUGACCCGCCACCAUCGCCUGUGUCACUGGCUAUGCUGGAGAGAACACCGCAAAGGACUCAAUACGAGGUGACGUCUACAGGCAUAGCACCCAAACGGCUUGAACUAAACCGCGCUCAUCCAAUACACCUCAAGUCGUUCCAAGCCACUGAGAGCCCAGAAGAUGACGCCCCGGCUCCACCAUCAGAUGACGUCCUCCGCAAACUGGAGCGCCAGAUCGGUGAAAUGGAGCGCGGCCUGGAAAGAGCCCAGAACGGGACGGUGGAGGUUGACGAACGAGUACGAUACGCUGAGCACGAGAACCUAUUGAGAACUGGAGUUUCUUCCGUCGGUGGUGGAGGCUAUUUAGCGGCGGAUUCAGAUACGGAACACGACGCGACGCCGUUCAACAGAAACGAAACCACCCGUAGCAGUACGGGAGCUACUGCACCGGCCGCCAGACCCGCGACACGCCUCGCCAGAACUAAUUCGGAUACACAGCAGCAUUCAGUCGCGGCGACAGCGCGCCUCAUGCGCAAAUUGGCCGACGGCGGGACGAAGGACGAGAAGACGAAGGUGAUGUCGCGGAAGGCCAUCCAGGCGAGAAUGGAGCAAGUGAAGAGAUCCGUGGUCGGCGGGAAAAACGAGCACAGAGUACUGGCCGAGCACAGAGCGGAACCGCCCAAGUCGCCCACUUCGCCAGUCUCCGCGCGCUCUUCUGUGCAGAGCGCUUCGGAGACAUCGGCCAGCGCGGGGGGCGGCGCUCAAUCUGGCGGCAGUGCGAGGGUCUCCUCGCGCUCCAGGACCUCGGAGGAGCCUCAUAUCGGAAAGUACAAACUAUUGAAGACAAUAGGCAAAGGCAACUUCGCGAAAGUGAAACUGGCCAAGCACGUGCCGACUGGGAAAGAGGUCGCCAUCAAAAUCAUCGACAAGACCCAACUGAACCCGGGCUCGCUACAGAAGUUGUUUAGAGAAGUUAGAAUAAUGAAAAUGUUGGAUCAUCCAAACAUAGUGAAGCUGUUUCAAGUGAUAGAGACGGAGAAGACGCUGUAUUUGGUGAUGGAGUACGCGUCUGGAGGCGAGGUGUUCGACUAUCUGGUGCUCCACGGCCGCAUGAAGGAGAAGGAGGCCCGAGCCAAGUUCAGACAGAUCGUGUCCGCGGUGCAGUACUGCCAUCAGAAGAGGAUCAUACACAGGGACCUCAAGGCUGAAAACCUUCUGUUAGACGGCGAGAUGAAUAUUAAAAUAGCAGACUUCGGUUUCUCUAACGAGUUCACCCCCGGCGCUAAGCUUGAUACGUUCUGUGGAUCACCACCAUAUGCUGCGCCGGAGCUUUUCCAAGGCAAAAAGUAUGAUGGUCCCGAAGUAGACGUUUGGUCACUCGGUGUUAUUCUGUAUACACUGGUAUCUGGUUCACUUCCCUUCGACGGCUCCACUCUGAGGGAACUUAGGGAAAGAGUGCUUAGAGGAAAGUAUAGAAUACCAUUCUACAUGUCAACCGACUGCGAAAACCUGCUCAAGAAGUUCCUAGUUCUGAACCCGGCGAAGCGCGCGUCUCUCGAGAGCAUCAUGCGGGACAAGUGGAUGAACACGGGCUACGAGGAGGAUGAGCUGCGGCCCUUCGUGGAACCGCAGCAGGACUUCAAGGACCACAAGAGGAUAGAGGCGCUAGUGUGUCUGGGAUACAACCGGCAAGAGAUCGAGUUCUCUCUCUCCGAGGCCAAAUACGACGACGUGUUCGCCACUUAUUUGCUGCUCGGCAGAAAGAGUACUGAUCCCGAGUCUGACGGAAGUAGGUCUGGCUCUUCGUUGUCGCUGCGCAACGCGGCUGCGCCUCCGCAAGGACAGCAGGGCACUGGCAACACACACGCAGGGGGCGUCGCGGGCUCGCCGUCGCACCGCGGCGUCCAACGCAGCAUCUCGGCAAGCGCGCGCCCCGCCGCCUCGAGACGCGCGUCCUCUGGUGCCGAGGUGCUGCGAGCGCAAGUGGGAACUACGACGAGCACGGCUAACAACACUACGGCCACGCCGACGACCACCACGUCCAAUUUCAAAAGACAGAACACAAUUGAUUCGGCUUCCAUCAAAGAGAACACGGCUCGUAUAGCGCAGAUGCAGGUUCAGAAUACAAACAGAGCGACAUCCGCGCAGCCCAAGCUGGAGGCUCGGUCACGCACACUGUCGUCGCAGGCGCGCCGCACGCACUACGAGCACGCGCCCGUCAAGACGUCGCCUCCCGCGCCGCACGACGCGCCCAGCUCGACGCAAGAGGCGAAAAACAAUGCAUCGACCAAUGGCACGCCGAAUAGCGGCGGGACCUCAAAAACGCACGUGAAAAGCGCCUCCAUUUCGUCCGGGACGGGCGCCCCGCCCCUCUCCGCCGAGAGCCAUAACGCGUCCGCGCGAGACCUGGUGCAGCGAACGAGCUUAAACUCAACAGCGGGGGGUGUCACCGGCACUCCGGUCACCGUCACCGGUCGUAAUAGAGAGUUUCCCAACCCGAUAGUGUUCCCGCGCAAUGUUCCCUCGAGGUCUACGUUUCACUCGGGUCAAACCCGUUCUCGCGGAGGCAAUGCGGGAGGUGCGUACGGGGAUGGUGGGUCACCCCAUCAGGCGCGACCUUCGUUCUUCUCAAAAUUAUCGUCGAGAUUCUCCAAGCGGUUGAAUCAGAACCCGUGAGAAGCAGUAAGAUCGCCCGGCAAGACUCUAUAGUUCAAUUAAGGCUGCACGCGUUGAAAGAAACGCAAUCGUUGUAACGACUCAGGUUGGUUGCGUGAGACGCACCCCGGGAACCGACGCUCUUGAUUGGCUUUGCGACGGCCAUUUGAUUGAACCGUACGAGAACUUUAUACGUGCAAAAGUUGUUAUAUAUAAUUUAUAAACAUAUGUUAAAAAAAGCUCGGCGUAUAUGUGUCCUCGUAUUGUAAUGAUUCGAAUAACAUCUAAUUGAAAUUAUCACAUUUAAAAAAGAAGUAACUCUAAUCCGUUUUUUAUGUAUUCAUUUUUGUGGGUUCACCUAAGAUUUAAUAUCCUUAUUAACUGUGUGAAGUUCAAUUAUUUAUUUUCGCUUCCGUGAACUCAUUUCUAAACACUUGUGAAUAAGACCAGUGAACCCACAGCCUUAUGAAAAGCACAUACGCCGAGCGCUAGCUAUUUUAUUAUUAAGUCUAAAUGUAUUUAUAAGAGAAAGUUAAUUUUUAUAUUAAAAUAGUGGUCCCGUAAGAGUGUGUGUGCGUGGGUUUGUAGUUAUAAAAUAGCGACGACAUUUCUGGCUGCGUGUUGUAUUAUUGGGAAAUAAUAAAUGUUUAAUAACGAAUAAUAUAACAUUUCUCGCCAGUAACAGUAGAUGUAAGAUAAUAAUGAUGCUCUUACAAAUUAUUAAACACAAUUAGAUUCUUAAUAUAUGUACACAACUUAUAAAUGUCAUAACUUUUAACCGAGUCUUUAUUAUUUAAUCAACGGUUAAAUAAUUACAAUAGUCUUGGUACAUAAACAAAGUCAACAUUAUAACAUCAAUGGUGGAGCGCAUUGUGUCGCUUUCCUUACAGAAGCCACUUUACCUGAUCUACUCGUCACAUUUUUGUAAAUGCGAUGCUGUUGGUUUCAAGAUUUUGUAUUUUAAAUGGCGAAAGUGAAAAGAUAGAGGAAUGUUAAUUAUUUAAAAUUUCAUUUACUUACAACUUCUCCUUCGUGAUCUCGUAUUCCUAAUCCUAAAUAGGACAGUAUUCGAAAUUAUUCAGUGUCAUUAUAACACGCGUUGCUACGAUGCUGAUUUUUAAACAGAUGUUAUAAAUUUUUAUAAUUUUUAAUUUUAAAUAAUAUAAUGUGCAGCCGAAAGCUAGUCCCGUCGCGUUGUGCAUUUCAUCCUUAGCUACGUAAUUUAACUUUUUUUAUGUAAACUACAUUCCAGAUAUUUUUCACGACACAUGCACAAAUCAGUUUGUACUUUAUUUGUUAGUUUUUAGGAGUUAUUUUUUCAAAAUAUUGGGUGCGUGAUAUAUCAGUCUUAUUGCAAAGAUUCUUCUGCAUAAUAAAGUUGUUUUAAUAACUACGUUUUGCAAAUUAAUUGCACUUUCAAAUAAAAUAAUUAUAGUUACAAAUGAGUUAUAAAAGUUGCAAUGAAGCAUUGACUUGUCAUUUCGGCAUUUACCCUGCCCACUAAGUAAUUAGGUACUGAGUAAUGUUCAUGUCUCUCAUGUACUAUAAUAUUUACUAAUUAUCAAACUUAAAACAGUGAUCUUUUUUAUUUUAUUUAAAUUUAAAGUAGCUAUACUACGUAUUAACAAGAAAUCAAUUUGGAAUAAGACUGAUUUCAUCUGCCAAACAUUUACGAAGUGUCAAAAGCCUUAUGUUAUCAAAACAUGAGAGAUUGGUGACAGUUUUGUAUGGAACAAUACCUCUGACAUUUAUUAAAUUAUUAUUGUCAGUCAGAUUUUAUGCGUAUGUGUUAAUGUGUUGUUCUUGUUUGAUUGUCCAAAUACUGUAUUAGUUGCAAGUGAGAUAGUUGUAUGUUUUAACUUGUAGCGUAUAUGAUGCGGCCCCGGCAUUGCUACAAAUACUCAUUAGACGCGUGAGAAUAUAAAAUAAUAAGCAGAUGUGACACUUUAAUUGCUUACUUCAUGAUUUGGUGCCUACUAGUUUAACCUCUAACAGUCAGUCAGAACUAUCUGGUAAGACCCCUUGUGUUGUUGAAUAUAAUUGAGACAGAUAUAAAAAUUUGCUUCAAGGGGCCUACUCGAAAUUUCAAUUCAAUAUUUAGGUACUUAUUUAAUAACUUUACAAAGAAUAUCAGGAAACGAUUAGAAAUUGUUGCACAUUGAAGUACUUGUUAUAUUUGUAUAUGUUGAGUUGGAUGCAUGCGAAGGCCCAAAUGAGACAAGCAAUUUGGAGUCGUAGGCAAUUUAUCAUUAGUCCGAAGUGACAUGUCUGUUCGUGUUAUUUGUUAUUCUUAUGAUACAUGUUACCGACCGCGAAUUAUAUAGUCAACUUCCCGGCGUGUAUCUUCGCAUUCAAUGAGACCGUUCAAGAUUCGUGCCGAGGCAUUACUAACUCUAUACAGGUUGUCCCAAAGUUAUGGUACAUGAAGGGAAAGUACCUUAAAUAUCGAAGAUAGGCUAUUUUACUGAAAGAAGACUUUAUGUUAUUUUUAAAAGUUAGUACUUCUGCAUUCAAAGAUUUUCUAUAAAUGAUUGGUACGAAUGGACCAAUUAGAUGGCCGGCCAGAUCCCCGGACCUUACACCAUUACAUUUAUUCUUUUGGGGAUACGUGAAAGAUAUGCUAUACAAAAAGCGAUACGAGAACGUGGGUGAGUUACAAACAGAAUUGUGCCAUAUCAUAUCGAGUAUUCACCAUAAAAAUUGUAAGAAAAUCAACAGGCAGCGGACUCAUUAAAAGGCAUAAAAAGGCAUAAAAUUUUAUUGACUGCUUUCUUUUAAAAUACUAUGUUACUUAAGAAGAGUUAUUAGUUCUUGGCCAUUCUUUCGAUUGGCACCAUAAGAGUAGGGGUGUUUUUUUUUCACAUUUAAGUCGUUUCGAUUCCCAGACGAGGCAAGUAAUUUUUAGAAAAUCUUUGAAUGCAGAAUUACUAACUUUUAAAAAUAACAUAAAGUCUUCUUUCAGUAAAAUAGCCUAUCUUCGAUAUUUAAGGUACUUUCCCUUCAUGUCCCUACCUAUAUAUAUUAUACAUAACUUUGGGACAUCCUAUAUAAUUAUACUAAAUAAAUAUUUAAUUAAACUGGUUUGUAUUACGUAUACUAGCCAAAUUUUUAGUAUAUAGAUGAAUAUUUUCAAAUUGAUCGAUGAGAUCUUAGAUUAAAUUAUACAAAAUGUAUUUUUUUUUCUAAGUACAUACAAUUAUGACGCACGCAAUUACGUGUGUAUAUUAAUUCUAUCCUGUUUAAAUGGGUUAUCGUUUUCUAUAAUAAUAAAUAAAUGUAAGAAAAGUAUUGUGAUGUAUAUAAUUAUGAGGGUAUUAUUUCUAGCGGAAAUAUAUCAAUUUUUUUUGUGAUCGAAAAUGAUGGAUUAGUUUCUACUUGCCUGUGUCGUGAAUGCCGUCUCUGAAAGUUUUGAACCGACGUAUUUCUAUUUAAGACAACUAUACCUGAACUGUACCUGUCUUCCGCUGACAAUUAGUAUAGUUCAAAUAAUAUAAAUUAAAAAUUAUUCAAGCAAGGUCACAAGCAUUUCAAGAUUUUUUCAUAAAAGAAAGUACGGAGAAGCACUUUUUAGCAUUAAUUGAUAGUUUAUCUUGACAUGGUUAUAGGUGUACUUGUCUUUGUCUCUUGUGGCCGCUAUCAUUAGUUACAACACCACAGGUGUUUUUUUCUUUUAAAUUUUCUUUUUUCGGCAUUCUUGAAACAGACGUGUAGAUGUAGAAACUUCGUUACGUUUUUGUGGAGUAUUUUUUUAUGAUCGUCAAAAUUAGGUGCUUUCGGUUUAUAUACUCUCUAAUUCGAUUUGUUUUCGCACCUAUCCCGUGUUUUAUGGGUUUUUUAAUACGGUUUAACAGUGUUUUUCAACAUGUUACGUGAAAAGGUUAAGAAUUCAGGGGUCACAAUAAAAUAUAGUGUAUACUAAACACAUACAUCACACAAAUAUUAAAUGCAAAUGAUGUAAAAUGGAUGAUAAAAUGACAAAAAUAAGAAAUAUUAAAUAUUACUGUCAAACUCUGCGUAAACCACCGUUACUAUGGCUGAGUUGCAUCUUAUUAGCUGAUAUAGUUAUAGUCUAAUUUAAUGUGUUGCACCGUCAUAUUCCUUGGAAUAGUUAAAGUUAUAGUUAAUUUAAAACUUUUGAUAGGUCGCUAUUUAACAUUAAUAAUAGCUUUAACCGAUGAAGAUUGGACGGUUACGGUUUACACUUAAAGUUAUGACGUCAUCUAAACAUUAUCAAAUGGUGCAAGAUAUUUUUGCGUAACUGAUACUUUAACGUGCUUGUUAUUGCAAAAGUUAGUUGAUGCAACCCAGCCUUACUGUCAAAAUGCGUCCCAAUUCGUACGCUUUCGAAUACUAUAUCUGUUAGUUACCCUUUUAUGUGUAAUAUCAUUUAUUCAAUUCUGUUCUUGCGAUUUAUUUUUUAUAAUCACUGAAGGGUGAUUGUGUACAUGCAAAUAAUGUGCCUUUUGAGUAGUGUUGAAAAACACUGCAUGGGUUAGUGAUUAAAUGAAAAAUUAUUUCUUUUGUUUAUUAUAUUAUAAAAUUAAUAUUUUUAUUCUUUUGAUGAGUUACUAUCUAGAGUCGAGAAAGUGAGAUAAAACAAUCUAUUGUUUUACUCCGUCCACAUAGCAAUAAAGAGAUGAAUAUUUUUAGGAUACGCAGUUUGAAUUUAGUAACCUGGACGUAUUUAUUAUAAAACAAAUUUCGUAAACCUGUUUAAUUUAUAUCCUAAAAUAAGUUUAUAGUAGUAAAUAUCUUACGGGCCCUGAUCACAAAUGAAAAAGACGAUGAAGCGCGGAGUGCACAUUUUGGCUUCAAUAUGUGAACAACUUCAAUCCAGGACAAAUUAGCAAUGUUCACGGCAUAAUUGAAUGUUGAUCAAAAAAUGUUGUUAACGCUUAGUUCGUUCGUCGCCCAAGGACGCGAAGUUUAUAUAAAAACUCGAUCGAUAACGUUUUAUAAUGCAAUUAUAUAAAUAAAUUAAUAGGUUUACCAUAUUCUAUUAAUAAAGUAAUCAUUGGUUACGCAAUAAUAAUUUGCAUGUGUUUGAAAUACAUUACGGCAUUACUUCGCUCGUUUUUCAAGUGUCAAUGUAGUGUGAUUUUAUAAGUAGUUUCGCUUGAAAUCAUUGCGAUAUAAUUGUGUGACGGAUGUGGUGAUAUAGUCGUGUUUUUUUUUUAAUAAUAGCGGGUAGAUAGAUAUUAUUCGACUUUUUGACAUUUUUCAUCUACUAUUAAUGGAAAUAGGUGAAAUAUUUUGACCUGAAAUCCUCAACAAGUCGGACAAAUUACAAACUAUCUUAUCAACAUAAUAUAGUUUCCUGUAAGAGACACAAAACCUGUAAAGUAUUUACCGAAUUAAUAAAAAACUGUUGAUUAAGAUGUAAGUGAAUCUGUUUCACUAACUGCUGAUUAAGAUGUUUGCGAAACUGACUAAUGUUACACUUUUUUUACUCUAUAAUAAUGUAUCAGGUGUUGAAGAAAACAUGUCAGGUCAAGGUCGAAACUACGUAUUAUUUUGUUCCGUCAAAAGUCUCAUAAAAAGAGGAUUAUUAAGACCCGGACCCUUCAAUAAUGUGCGAACCUAAAGCGCAUAUAGACUGCGCGCCAUAAAGACUCUCGAUUUAGCUUACAUAUAUUAGCGACCACGGUGAAUGACACCGCCCGAGAUAAGUUCUGAGCUCUAAUCAAUUCGGAAAAUAAUCAUUAUUUAUGUAACCCGAUGUUCACCUGUUUAAAGUUUUUUUUAAAUCUAAUUACGAGAAAGACCUUCACGUAAUUAAAGUGGUAAGGUCUGUGCAUUAGUGAUUUUUGAAAUACCCAAAGUUAUGGCAUUUGUAGACAUAAGAUGUUAACUUGUGUUGCCAUUAAUGAUAUAAUAAACACACACGUGGUCGCUUACUAAAGUAAACUUAAACUACUAGACUUAAAAGAAUGGUCAUGGUCGGUCACAGGGCUAUGCUCGGAGUAUUCCUGCGAGAUCGAAUCAGAAAUGAGGAGAACAGAAAUGGAAAUCUUUUCUGUCUAUAUAGAUAGAGCCUCUUGCCGAACAACCGAUGAAAACAGGCCAGGUUUAUUAGUUUAGUGUACGUGACAAGCUACGUCUUACACUCGCGAUUUGUAUAUCACUUUGUGUAAGUAGUGCAUUGCUCAAAAUAGAUGUAAACUGUCAAUCUAAAUUUUUCGACGUUUUUACAGCUGUCACAGUUUAUCUAGACGUAGAUAUAAAUGAUCGAAGAUAAUUAUAAAUAUUGUACAAAUUGUUGCAAAUAUGCUAGUUUCGACCUAUAUCUGACUGAGUAUGUCGUAUCUCUGAGAUAUUUAUAAUCUUUCAGGGCUUAAUUGGUUUGUAAUUGAGACUGUAAGUAAAUGACGCUAUAAUGUUAAUGUCACACCAUAAUUAUUGUAUUGUCUAAUUAUAAAUAAUAUUUUUUUUUGGAUUAUAUA